CGAGCAGAAGUGACAGCAGCAGAGCGAAAAACACACGAAUAUCUCCAGUAAACGUAUUCAGGGACUCUCUCUGAUUAACGGAGACAGAAUGAGGAUGGUACAAUGAAGGCUGCUACAGCGACGAGGAGCGACUCUUCUCGUGGUCGUCACCAGUUGUUAUGAAUCCCAGCGCCUCCUCUGCUCACUUCGAGAGCCAGUCUUCUGAUGACCUCGCCGAUGACUGGCUCUUCCUCUCCUCUGAGUCUGCAGAGCCUCAGGGCCAAGAAGUGGGCAGAGACGACCAGGAGGCAGAGGACAAAGGCAAACUGAAAUCCAAGCUGGUCUCAGCAUGGAACAGUGUCAAAUAUGGCUGGUCCUUGAAGCAGAAAUCCAAAUUCAGCAAGAGCUCUCCUGUGAUCAUGCUUGGAAAGUCCUAUGAGCUCAAGAAUGAAAGGGAGAAGGAGCUUUUCCGUCGCUCCUUUGCGUCUCUGCUGUGGUUAACGUACAGACGGGGUUUCCCUCUGCUGGCCGGAUGCUCGUUGACCACGGACAGCGGUUGGGGAUGUGUUCUGCGUACGGGCCAGAUGCUGCUGGCACGAGGCCUGAUCCUCCACCUCAUGCCACCAGGUUGGACUUGGUCUGCAAGCCACCAUGUGGUCAAAGACGACAUGGACCUGCUUCGGCCCGUAGACGCUGCAGAAAACGGGUGGGAUUCAAAUGAAAGGCUAAAUAGCCGAGGUCGAAAACUGAGCCUGGGUUCCCGCCUGGACAGACCAAUGGAGGCUACACAUAGAAGAAUGGCAUCCUGGUUUGCGGAUCAGCCCGCAGCCCCUUUUGGGAUCCACCAGCUCGUGGAGUUGGGAAAAAGCUCAGGGAAGAAGGCCGGGGACUGGUAUGGUCCUUCCAUCGCGGCGCAUAUUCUUCGGAAAGCUGUGGCAGCUUCAGCGGACCUUCCCAACCUGGCUGUGUACGUCGCACAAGACUGCACCAUCUACCUGCAGGACGUUCGAAGGCUGUGCGAGCGGCCUCUCCCUCAGUCCUGGAAGUCCGUAAUCAUCCUGGUUCCUGUCCGACUCGGUGGACACGACCUCAAUCCCUCCUACAUCACCUGCGUCAAAAGACUCCUGACGCUACAGUGCUGCGUUGGAAUCAUCGGCGGCAAACCGAAGCACUCUUUGUUCUUUAUCGGCUUCCAGGAUGACCAUCUGCUGUACCUGGACCCUCACUACUGUCAGCCCACAGUGGACACAACAAAGGAGAACUUUCCCUUGGAGUCGUUUCAUUGCAAAUAUCCCAGGAAAAUGUCUUUCUCUCGCAUGGACCCCAGCUGUACCAUCGGGUUUUACGCCAAAGGACAAAGGGAGUUCGAAUCAUUGUGCACAGUCGUUAAUGAGGCUCUGUCCACAUCUGCAGGGACGUACCCCAUGUUCAUAUUCGCGGAAGGAGAACGUCAGGAGGAGGUGCCGGGAAGCUGCCUGACAACCAACAACAUCACCUACAUACGGAGGAAGAACGAACUGAGGAGAGUCGACACCAGCAACAGCAUGGAUGAGUUUGUUCUGUUGUGAGGAUCAAGGACCGAUGUGACGUUUAAACUGUGCGGCAACUACUGAGCGUAAGAGCAACAGAUUUCCUCGACAUUCACGAGCGAUCAGCUGGAGGAGGGACUCCCUAAAGGUUUGGUAGAAUGAAGCAGUCGGGUAGCAGUAACAACACUACUAUAUUUUUAUUGCUGGUUUGUGCACAUUUGUGUUUUUAUUUAUUGUUUUAAUAUCAUUCCAUUGGAGGACUUUGAAGGACGAUUUUUUUUUUCUUGUCAUUCAUCUCAGACUGCUUUAGCUCAGUCCAUGGGGUGAUUUUAUUUAAUCUGUUUAAAUGAAAGGAAAUCAAACAAUCCCACAUUCCUCCGAGCAGCCUCUCGCUGCUUCAGGUCAUGUGACAGGAUGCUGCACUUUGAAUGGAUUAGAAAACUGGAUUCCUGCGAUCAUGUGACUCAGCGAAAGAAGUCGUCUUUUCUGGGUAAGAAACUUAAGUUUUAAAAAAAAAAAUGGGGAAAAAAGACAAAAGUUACUGAAAUCAUUCUUAAACGCUGGAUUAUUUUUUGUAGGCUUUUGUCUAAAUAAAGAGUUCACUGAAUGACAAAGUGACUCAAUUCUUAAA